GAUAUUAUCGCUGGGACUGAGUGUGGUUUGUGAUUGUGUACACCUGAGAUUUUGGAAGUAAAAAUCCGCCAACAUUUUAAGCCUUGUCUUGAACAUGAACUAAAGAGCAAUGCAAGUCACUUUCUCUUCCUACCUGACAGUUAAGAAGAAACAUUUUGUUAAGUAUUUUGUGUGUGCAGACUGUCUCCCAUUAUGUUCUUUCUUCCUUAUUUCAGUGGCAUUUCUGUUUCCCAACUCUCCCCAGUGAGACAUGUCUUGGUGGGCGUGGAUGAUUGGCUUGUGUGGUUUGAUUGUCAGGGGGUGUAAAAAGCCACCAGGAGAAGUCAGUCAGUCAGUGAUACAGAAACUACAUGAGGACGCAUCGGCUGUUUGAGACAACACAAACUGGAAGUUGCCCAACUGACAAGUGUUCAGUUCGUUUUGAAUAAAUCAUCAUGAACACUUACCACGCUGCGCUUUGGUCCGAUCCUUCUUCCACCUCUGAAUGCCGUUACAGAAACACCCACCACCAGAGGACCAAGCAGCGUGGUAAUGGGCAGGAGCAGGAGAGGCAGCGAUAUUUGGAGAACUGGACUUGGGAGGAGAUUCUGGACGGCAAAGGACCCUGGGCACAGCCAGGGGAAUAUUGCCGCCCCAAAGCAGAGCUGGAGGCAGCGAAAGCAGAGAGGCGCCGGUAUGAGAAGGCAGCAUGGCAGCGCGGCUGGAAGCCCGAGAGGCAGCCUCAAAUAUUUUGGGGGGGAAGGUACACGAGGAGUGUGGCUAAGUCAAGUAGGAGACCUGAGCCAACUCCCCAUGCUUAUCGGAGAGCGAGAGGGACCGGGCAGGCACCGUGUUAUGCGGUGGAGCGCAUGGUGUCCCCGGUGCGUGUGCAUAGCCCGGUGCGGUACAUUCCAGGUCCUCGUAUUGGCCGGGAUAGAGUGGGCAUCGAGCCAGGUGCCAUGAAACCGGCUCUACGCAUCUGGUCUCCAGUGCAUCUCCUCGGGCCGGCGUACAUGGCACCAGCCUUACGCAUGGUGUCCCAGGUUCGCCAGCACAGCCCAGUGCGGGCUAUUCCACCUCGCCUCACUGGCCUGGCUACGGGAAGCAUUCAACCAGGUAAGGUUGGGCAGGCUCGGUGCUCAAGAGCUCCAGUGCACCUGCACGGUCCGGUCUAUCCGGUGCCACCUCCACGCACCAGCCCUCCGGUGGUAGCCCCCCCCGCACCAAGCUGUCUCUCCAUCUUCUCCCUUCAGGUGCUCCCGCCUGUCCAGCGCUGCCAGAGCCUUCCUCCUGCCCAGCGCUGUCAGACUCUCCCGUCUGUCCUGAGCCGCCAGAGUCUCCCGUCUGUCCUGAGCUGCCAGAGUCUGCCGUCUGUCCUGAGCCGCCAGAGUCUCCCAUCUGUCCUGAGCCGCAAGAGUCUCCCAUCUGUCCUGAGCCGCCAGAGUCUCCCGUCUGUCCUGAGCCGCCAGAGUCUCCUGUCUGUCCUGAGCCGCCAGAGCCGCCCAUCUUUCCUGAGCCGCCAGAGCCGCCAGUCUGUCCUGAGCCGCCAGUCAGCCAGGAGCCACCAGAGCAGCCAGUCAGCCAGGAGCCGCCAGAGCUGCCAGCCAGCCAGGAGCCGCCAGAGCCGCCAGCCAGCCAGGAGCCGCCAGGAGCCGCCAGAGCCGUCAGCCAGCCAAGAGCCGCCAGAGCUGUCAGUCAGUCAGGCGAUGCCAGAAUUUCCCUUCACUCCGGAGCUGCCGGAGUCGCCCGCCUGUCCGCCGCUGCCGGAAUCUCCCGUCCAUUCGGGACCCGUGGCGAGGGUCCCCAGUCCGAGGUCGGCGGCGAGGGUCGCCGCUCAUAAGAGGCCACGGGGGCGGUUGAGGAGGCGGACAACAACUAUGGUGAAGUGGGGUCCACGUCCAGCGCCAGAGCCGCCACCGCGGACAGACGCCCACCCAGACCCUCCCCUAUAGGUUCAGGUUUUGCGGCCGGAGUCUGCACCUUUGUGGCGGGGGUACUGUCACGUUCUGACCAUAGUUCUGUUAUUUUAUUCUUUGUUUUAGUAUGGUCAGGGUGUGAGUUGGGGUGGGCAGUCUAUGUUUGUUUUUCUAUGUUGGUUUUUGUGUUCGGCCUAGUAUGGUUCUCAAUCAGAGGCAGGUGUCGUUAGUUGUCUCUGAUUGAGAAUCAUACUUAGGUAGCCUGGAUUUCACUUUUGGUUUGUGGGUGUUUGUUUCCGUGUGAGUGUUUGGGCCACACGGUACUGUUUCGGUUUUCGUUUUGUUCACAUCAUUUAUUAUUUUGUAUUUCAGUGUUCAGUUCGUUUUGAAUAAAUCAUCAUGAACACUUACCACGCUGCGCUUUGGUCCGAUCCUUCUUCCACCU